CACUGAUCAAAGGUCAAAGGAAGGUGGUGUUUGUGCUUCAACAGUGUUUGAACAAAAUACUGCCUAUUUCAUAUUUUUUGAAACUGUUUCAUACCACUGAGAAGCUUCAAAAUGUGUUCUCGAUGCCGUCAGAACUAUCAUGAAACUAGCGAAGCUGAAGUGAACAAGCAAAUCAACUUGGAGUUGUCUGCUAGCUACGCUUAUUUGUCGUUGGCUUACCACUUCGAUAGGGAUGAUGUUGCAUUGCCCGGUUUUCACAAAUUCUUUAAGAAAUGCGCAGAAGAGGAACGUGAACAUGCUGAAAAGUUUAUGAAAUUUCAGAACACACGAGGAGGGCGAAUUGUAUUGAAAGAUAUAAAGAAACCUGAUUAUGACGACAUUACAUCACCAGUAGAGUCAAUGAAGAUUGCUUUGAACUUGGAGAAAAAAGUGAAUGAAGCAUUGUUUCAUUUACAUGAGGUUGCUGUUACCAACAAAGAUGAUGAAAUGGCUGAUUUUAUUGAAAGCAACUUUCUUCAUGAGCAAACUGAAGGCAUCAAGAAGUUGUCUGACUACAUUACCAAUCUUGAGCGUGUUGGUGAUGGACUUGGUGUGUACCAAUUUGACAAGCUUACUUUAGAUGGUGGUGAUGAUUAGUUCUUAUACUCUCCAGAAUUGUUGUUUGUUCUGAUGAAGAUUGUAGAUUAAAUUUAAAAAGAACUGUAAUGAUUUACAAAAAUAAUAAAUGAGUUGUGCAA